AUGGACCAAAAGCAUCACAAACGCGAAGUAUUUAUUUGUGUGCCUGAAAAAAUAAUUAUUCUUGAGUCAAUUAUCAAGCGACAACCUACAAAAAUGAAUUUAACUUCCAAUUCGUAUUACCCGUACUAUAAGUUUAAUACCAACUUAUAUCAUCCAUACUGCACACUAUGUAGUAAUUUAUUGGAAACCUCUCAAUUCAAUGUACUCAAAGAGACACCAUCACGGCCACAAAAAUCGGAAAUAACAAGAAAAACACGCUCUUACGUGACAUUGGCGUGUACCAGUUGUCGUGAUAAAAAGGAAAAGUGUUCGGGUGAAAAAGUAUGCGCGAAUUGUAAGCGACAUAAUCGCGAAUGUAUAUACGUUCAACCCAUUAAAAAGAGAGGACCUAAACCCAAAUCUGCUGGGAAACCACUCAUCACUCCGAAAAUAGCAAAUUUAUUAAAUCCAGCUGUUUAA